CUCUCUUUUUCAUUCUCUCUCAAGUGAACCGGAACCCCACUCUUCUCUUCUGUCUCCGCUUCACUCCUCCACCCUCCACCCAUGGGCGUAACCAGCGACCCGACCCAAGACGGCUCCGACGAGCAGCAAAAACGCUCCGAGAUCUACACCUACGAAGCCCCAUGGCACAUCUACGCCAUGAACUGGAGCGUCCGCCGCGACAAAAAGUACCGCCUCGCCAUCGCCUCCCUCCUCGAACAAUACCCCAACCGCGUCGAGAUCGUCCAGCUCGACGACUCCAACGGCGAGAUCCGACCCGACCCGAAUCUCUCCUUCGAACACCCAUACCCACCCACCAAGGCCAUUUUCAUCCCUGACAAAGAGUGUCAACGCCCUGACCUCCUCGCCACCUCCAGCGACUUCCUCCGCGUGUGGCGGAUCUCCGACGCCGAUGAAACCCAACCCUCCGCCGCCACCCCCCGCGUCGAACUCAAGAGCCUCCUUAACGGAAACAAGAACAGCGAGUAUUGUGGCCCGUUAACCUCCUUCGAUUGGAACGAAGCUGAGCCUCGCCGCAUCGGAACCUCCAGCAUCGACACCACCUGCACCAUUUGGGAUAUCGAGAAGGAAACCGUCGAUACCCAGCUCAUCGCGCAUGAUAAGGAGGUUUACGACAUCGCGUGGGGCGGCGUUGGGGUUUUCGCCUCCGUCUCCGCCGAUGGCUCCGUUAGGGUUUUCGAUCUCCGCGACAAGGAACACUCCACCAUAAUCUACGAGAGCUCUGAGCCUGACACGCCGCUGGUGCGGCUCGGGUGGAACAAGCAGGACCCGCGCUACAUGGCGACGAUCAUCAUGGACAGUGCGAAGGUGGUGGUUCUUGACAUUCGCUUCCCCACGCUUCCGGUUGUGGAGCUUCAGCGGCAUCAGGCUAGUGUUAACGCCGUCGCGUGGGCGCCGCAUAGCUCUUGCCAUAUCUGCACCGCCGGCGAUGACUCGCAGGCUUUGAUUUGGGAUCUUUCUUCCAUGGGGCAACCGGUGGAGGGUGGGCUUGACCCGAUUCUUGCUUAUACUGCUGGUGCUGAGAUUGAGCAGCUUCAAUGGUCGUCUUCUCAGCCUGAUUGGGUCGCCAUUGCUUUCUCCACCAAGCUUCAGAUUCUCAGGGUAUGAUGAAUUGAUGAUUGAUGUGAGUGAAUGUGACUAGUUUUUUCUGGAAAUUGGGGAUAGUUUUAGGGUUUAAACAUACUUCUAAUGGUUCAAUUGUUUGAAUUGUUGAAAACCUUAAUCUUGUUAAUGAGUAGCCCUGGAAUUAGAACUAAGAAGAUACCUAGCAAGAACAAGUAGGGUCUGUAUUGUCUCUCACAUUCUUGUUUACUGGAGAAUCCCAUUGUUAUGUAAAUGCUUUCACUAUUCAGUUUCA